AUGUUCUUCUGUUUAGCGCAGAUGUUUGUAGUUUCGUUGUGUUUCAACUUUGUUCGAAUUUUUCAGAUUAUAUUUACGGAGGAAGCUACUAAAGAAGCUUUAUUGCCUGCGUUAUUUGCAGCUGUUUUUAUAGUACAAUAUUUAUUUAUAUCGAAUUCUCUUGGGCAAAAUAUAACGGAUCACAAUAAUUACGUAUUUGCUACUGUAUACAGAGUUGAAUGGUAUGUAACUCCCUUGCACAUCCAGAGAAUGAUACUUUUCCUGUUGACAAAAGGCAAUAAAAAUUUCCAUCUGAGUGUCGGCAGAUUAUUUAUUCCAUCAUUAGAGUGCUUUGCCACGUUGAUAAAAGCUUCGGUAUCCUAUUUUAUUGUCAUAUUAUCUACACAGUGA